UCACUUCUGUUCAGCUUGACAGGUGAGGAAGCAGUUCCUGAAGUUGCGUUAUGUUAAUGGAGUAGUGGGAUGUGGUCGGUUUUAAACCAAAUAUUCUGAACUCAUAUUCCUUUACACUAAUAACAACCCGCCAGAAAGCUGCUUCACGAGACAGAGCAAGGUGGAAUAAGUAAUUUUGCGGACAACUUUAUACUUUUUGGAGGCCUGGGGGAAAUACAAAAAGGUUAAGCUAACGAUAAGUAGCCACCAUGUCGUGGGAAGAAAAGCCUUGUUUUCUGGCCUCGUCUGUGUGCUCUUCUCUGCCUCGUUACACUGCACUCUGAACCCGUUGGAAACGACAACAAGCAGAGGUAACCUCACAUCAUCUGUCAAUGCAGCUAACAGUUAGCAUUAUAAAUUAACAACGACAGUUUAGCUUGCUAGCUUUGCGAGCCAUGGCGGACAGCUUUGGAGAACAGUCCAGUGGUGGUGCCCUUGGUUUAGGCGUUACAGGACAGAGCAGCGGAGCUUCACUGCUGCCGACUUUGGCUAACUCUCUGCCGGGGGGACACCCGACAUCCAGCAGUGCUCCCUCCAGCUCUUACCUGGCCUCCCCUCCUCCCGCCGCGGACGCGCAGAGUGGCCUAUCUGCUCUGGUAGCACCUAUGUCGGCUGUUACUGCGACACCAGCCGCUUUCUCCUCUCCAUCGGUCGUGUCCGUGUCUCCCUCCCUACACGUCUCCUCCUCUCUCCCCGGUGUUGGGCUAGGGGUCGGCGGGGUGGCAGGAGCGGGCCUUCUGUCCCAAAUCCACGCAACUUCAUGGGACCCGAGCCUCAGCACGGACUGGGACAACGAGAAGGCUUCACAGCAGUGCAUCCUGAGGAUAAAGAGGGACAUCAUGUCCAUCUACAAGGAACCUCCACCAGGAAUGUUUGUUGUCCCUGAUCCUCAAGACAUGACAAAGAUCCACGCCCUGAUCACAGGCCCAUUCGACACACCGUACGAGGGAGGCUUCUUCCUCUUCCUGUUCCGCUGCCCCCCCGACUACCCCAUCCACCCACCGCGGGUCAAGCUCAUCACCACCGGGCACAACACUGUACGCUUCAACCCCAACUUCUACCGCAAUGGCAAGGUCUGCCUCAGCAUCCUGGGGACAUGGACAGGUCCAGCAUGGAGCCCAGCCCAGAGCAUCUCCUCUGUCCUCAUCUCCAUCCAGUCUCUGAUGACGGAGAACCCCUAUCACAAUGAGCCUGGAUUUGAACAGGAGCGCCACCCAGGGGACAGUAAGAACUACAACGAGUGCAUCCGCCAUGAGACCAUGAGGGUGGCGGUGUGCGACAUGCUGGAGGGAAAGGUCCCCUGCCCUGAGGCUCUUUGGAGCGUGAUGGAAAAGUCUUUCCUGGAAUACUAUGAUUUCUACGAGGGAGUUUGCAAAGAGAGACUGCAUCUACAGGGACAGAACAUGCAGGACCCGUUCGGAGAGAAGCGCGGUCGCUUCGACUACCAGGGCCUGCUGGCUCGCCUCAGCAGCACCCACAGACGGAUACGGGAGAAAACCUUAGCGGAGGACGAACACAACAACGAGGACUCAGACUCAGACACCAGCUCCUCUGGGACGGACCCCGACAGCCAGGGCUCCUCCCAGCCCUGACCCCCCAUCCCCCCAACCCGGACAAUGCUGGACUCAAAGCCAGGCCAAGAACUACAGACAAGAGGACCCGAGGAACAAAAUCAGAGAAGAGAAUGCUAUGCCUACGUCUUAAGUUUAGUGAGUCCAGGGUUCACGAUUGGAAUUUAGAAAGAGGAGGAUUGGUUAUUAUUAAAAAAAAAGAGAAUACCACUCGCGUACUGGUAAAUGUGUCCUGGAGCGGCAUAUUUGUGACACUUUAAUGGAUGGACCAGUCAUUGUUUUUGUGGAGAAAAAAAAGUUUAGUUUCAUGACUCCAACCUCUCAGAUUUUUCACUUUAAAACACAAUCCCAGUUUAUACUCCUUACCUAGGGAACACUGUCUGAUAGAAAUCAACGAGGAGAAGCUCACUUAGGGGUGGAAGCAGGUUUGGGCCAGUGGAGGUGGACCUGGGGGGUGGGGGGGCACGAAAGUGCUGCAGCAGUGAAAGGCUCCUCUUCAAAGGGUCUCCUUUUGAGUUCAAGGAAGCAAAAAAAGACCUUCGUCUAAAAGAUGGUAGCUUAAGAAUGUGCCAAGGUUUAGCUAGCCACAUCACUUCCUAUGGGCACGGUGAAGACCCCCCCUCAGCAUUGUCAGACUGAGGCCAUAAAACAUCAUCAGCAUCAGGACAAAAACUCCUGUUUAUAAUACAAGAAGUUCUGCUUAGAUUUCCCUUCUGAUAGUGCUAUUGAUCCGACAGUAGGUUCACCAGAGAAGAAGCCAUUAGAGAAAUGUCACUUUGAUUGGCAUCCAUCUUUAUAGCCUUUUUUGUUUAGCUGUUUUUUCCUAGUUGUAAUUUGCAGUGUUUAGGGUGUAUCGUUCAUCUGGGAACCCUGCUGUUCUUUGGGUUGCUGGCUCUUGUGAUAUAAACCAAACAAUCGGGCUUGCGGAACUGAUGGACGCAAGAAAUCUGAUGUGUUCACACUUUAAGAACCUCAGAGGUUCUGUUACUCCCAAUCAGACAGAGGGCAGGUCCAGCUUCUCACUGCUUUAGCUUCCAUUUAAUUUUACAUUGAUUAACUGGCUAAGUAGCUUUUGUUCAAUAGAAACCUGUACUCUUCUAACAAUAUUCAUUUGUCAUUUUUCAGGUGCAUGCUUUUCUCCACCAGAUGUCAGGCCUGGCAUGUAUUUGGUUUUGUCUCACCAUCAUAUCAGUAGGGGAAACAAGGCUGAUUAGCGAACACAUUUUCAGCUAACACUUUAUUUGGUUUCACUCAGCAGUCACACAGGAAAUGGACCUUUGACAGCAUUGUUGCAGUGUGAACACCACAAGACCUGAAGAAGAGGAGAGUUUGUUAAACACUCAGAAAGGAUAGGUUCAGAUAUAUUUCUAACUUUAUUAGAUACUCGCAUAUAAUGAUGUUCAUUAUGGCUGUGAAAAUAUCUCCUCUAGCGUUAAAUCUAAAAUACAAAUCCAAUUUAUCUGCGAGUGACACAAAUCAGUGGGUAUGUCUGUCCUUUAUAACUACCAGCAUGCAUCUGAGCCAUGGUGUGGGGGUGGGGGAGGGAAUGUCAGUGGAAGGUAGAGAGUAACAUAACAAAAAAAAUACUAGCAUCAGAAGAUUAGCUUCAGGUUAACUUUGCAAUACAUAUCUGCACAUUAGUGAGCGAUGUCUCCGCUGCAGUUUAGAGAGGGGGGGUUACUUGAUCAUUAAUAACUUAACAGAUUUCAUGCAGGAUGUGAGCAUUUUAAUGAAAAUCUGAGUCUAUCCUUUAAAGGAAGAGCCAGAGAUUUCUGAAAAUACGCAUUCUUGCCGGGAGUUAGCUAAGACUUUUACCACUCAUCUGUGUAUGUUUAAUGAGGCUACAGUUAGCUUAGCAUCGACUUACUAGUACCUCCAAAUUUGACUGAUUAAUAAAUGAUAUCUCCUACAGAUUAAACAAGGUGUACUAUAAUUAUAAGUGAGAAUUAGAUGGGAAGAAUUUGUUACGUUUUGAACAGUCAGGGUAGCUCUUUGAGCUCAGCUAACUGGCUAGCUGUUACUUUAGCUGAGCUAACUGGCUGCUGGCUAAAGCCCCAUUUAGCUCAUAUAUGAAAAGAAGUAUUUUUUUCCAAAAAAUGUCUUCUUAUUUUUUCUAGCUAUUUCAAUCAUAGAAAAAUGAUGGCUGGACAAAAGAUAGCUUGUGCUUGUAGUGUUUCCUUUCCGCCUCCCAUUGUCCUCCAGUGUCUGUGCAGUCGUGUACAUGAAGAGAAGAGCUGAUUCCUUCUGAUGUCAAACCCUGGUCCACUGGCACCGGCUAGGUUGCUUCAAACAGGAUAACUAAUAUAGGGCAUUUCUUUUUGUUAUUUGUUUUAUUAUGUUAUAGAAUGGUUAUAUGCGAAGCAGCUCCUAGCUGAAUAUAUGUGACUGCCAAAAUGUUGAGUGCAACACACUUCCUGACGCUGAAAUGAGAGGUUAUGUCCCUGUUUGGUUGUGUUGUGUUGUGUUGUGUUUAUAGCAGGGUUCCUCUGUGGCUCCAUAAGAGCCCCAUUACUGCAGAAGGGAUCCUUUCCAGGUCUGCAAUAUGUUGGUAUUGUACAGAAGUUCUGUAAGUGGAGUACAGAAUAAAAUGUUGUUCAGUCCUGA